AUGGGUGAGCGAUGUAGCAAUGCAGACCUGCUGAUGAUGCUAACGCUGUUGACCGUUUGCCAGGCGAGGAGCGAGCGACGGUGGCACGAAGAACAGCUGCUGGACGAGACGGGACGAGACGGACUCUUGAGAGCUGGCAGGCACUGUCACUGCUGGCCGGGGAUCCGUUUUCUAGGAAAGGGAAACGAGCGAGACCCCUGGUGUGGGCGGCGGUGGUUUGCUGCGGCCCUCCUGCUAGGUCGGGGCGCUGGUGCCGUUGCUGGUGCUGGAGCUGGUUCUUAUUCUGGCACUUGUGGAUGGGCCGAUGGGAGCGAUGCACAUCAAACUGGGAAGCUGCGCGUGUUUUAUCCAUGCGGCCUGGAUCCCAUGGGGCCACGAAGCGAGAUGCCUUUGGCUUUUGCCUCUGGCUCCUUCUGGCUUUCGCACCGGGUGCCUGGGACCCGUUUCCCGUCCCUCCAUCGCUCCUUCCCGACUGCCACUGGCCCGGGCGGCGCCUGCCCGCCGGGGGCGCGUUGUGCUAAUCCCACUCGCCAUUCAGUCCGUCCAGCCAGUCGCACAGUGGCUCAGCUCGGUGUCUGA